AUGACACGGCUAGACCUUGUUCCCACCCUAUCCACCACUCACCGGCCUGAAGCGAUGCAACAAAGAGUGGCACGAGUGGGUUCUGAGCUGAACAACGCGAAAAUGAUCGCAGCAACACGGCACGGGAACGGCACAGUGCAGACUAUCCACCAACCGUCCCGUCCCCCAUGGGCCAUCAGUACACAGUAAGCCAUGAUCCGACUCGGGACGGGUCAGCACGCUCCGCUGACCACAGCCUAUCCUCUACUCGCUGAUCGACAAACAAGCCUUCUUUCAGCUACGUUGGAUGGAUAGGGUGCCUUACUUGACGUCGCAUAUCAAUAAAACGCGAUAGCGAGACCUGAAAAAAAAUCCUUCAGCAUGGUGCAAUAGAGUAAUAGCUUGCAAGGUACCACAACGACGGGACGACUCCGCUUCCAACCACGCCUCAAGCUCGCCCAACAAUGCAUCUGCGCAUGCAUGCAUGGAUUCAGAGGCAGCGGGGGAGCGGAGCGGGUUGCGCGUGAAGGUCGUAUCCUGCAGUCAAGAGGCGUAGGUGGACCAAUUGUUACCAACAGGUAACUGCAAAGGGUUACUUCUCGUCCUUGCCGCCUGUACUUGAAGAGCGGGACGGCAGUUGUCAGCAACGCGCCGAUUCCCGCUUCCUCGGUCCUCAUAUGAUGAUGAUGAUGCCAACGUACUCCACAUCGAUGAAUCAAGACCUUGAUAUUAACAGAAGUUUUUGAUGGCCCCGUUCCCCGUGUAGA